GCGUAGGACCCACAAAAGACAGUUACAAACUAUACUUACGCAAAAUUGUUUUUGUUAUUUUCUUAUCAGUUUUUAUUGUUUAUAACGUACCGCGUCGAGGAAUAAUUACGAGAUCAGAUUUUGAGGUAACCAAUUUUACUCGCCAUGUCAUCCAAUAAGUUCAUCCAAGAUGGGGAGGCACAAGUGAAGGAGGCUGAAAAGAGUCUGAAGACGGGUCUUAUGAAGUGGAGCCAGGAUUUCGAUGUAGCUGCGGGAUGCUACACAAAAGCAGCAACGUCAUUCAAGAACGCCAAAGAGUACGCCAGAAGUCUUGACUGCUCCAUGAAGGCUGCGGAUUGUCAUCUGAAGAAUAAAGUGCCUUUCCAAGCGGCUAAAUCGCUGGAGCAGGCUGCAUUCUGUGCUCGUGAUCUGGGAGAUUUUAAGAAAGUUGUCGAAUUGAUUAACCGAGCCUACUUGUUGUACGUGGAGAAUGGAGUGCAGGACACGGCCGGAACUCUGCUGGAUCGCGGAGCCAAAAUUUUGGAAGAUCCACUGCCGCAAGAGGCAUCGAAUUUAUACCGAAAAGCGGGUGAUUUGGCCCAGAUACAAGAUAAAAAUUCUCAAGCGUCGGAGAUGUUCGACAAGUCAGCACGACUGCUGGUUAAAAUGGACAAGUAUGACGAAGCUGCGAAAGUUCUGGAAGAGCUUAUAAAAAACGAACUGGCCUCGCCUUCUCCACCGGCAAGGCGUUUUGUUCUUUGUUUGGUGUUGGUUCAUCUGAAACGUGAUGAUUACGUUGCUGCGAGAAAAGCGUAUGAAACUGGACUUCGUUUCCCUGAUCCGUUAAACAGUGGUCAGCUGGACCUGGCAAGAAGUUUGCUUGAUAGUUACGACCACAGUGACCGGGAAGCGCUAAAACAGGUCACAUCGAACGCUUUUGUGCGGUCUUUGGAUCCAGUAUACGCCCGACUGGCGCGCUCUCUGGAUGUGGCUGAUGGCGGGCUGGGAGCUGUUUCCGCGGCGCCUGUCGCUGUCGCACGGCCGUCGCCGCCACAGCAGCAGCAGCAGCCGGCAUUCAUUCCCCAGGAAGCCCUGCCACAGCCCGCUCCCGUUGUGGCCAGCGAAACACCAUCUCCGGCUGAUGAUAAUCAGUCGGCAUCUAAUACCGAAUUCCAUGUGACAUCAGAGGAUAACGAAGAUGAUUUGACCUAAUUGUAUUUGCGAGGAGGAAUUAAAAAGUCUGUGUAGUUUGUGUCCUUGUGCUGUAUGUGUAUCUCUACGUGCAUGCGGAAGCGCUCUGGCCGUGGCGUUUGACUCGGGUCUGCAGUUGGUAUUUAUUGUAGAUUGUGUCGUGGUUGCGGCGGGGAAAUCGUGUGAUCGAUUUUUUUGUUCCAUUCUGUUUCCGCGAGGCUGUGGCGCGUAUUAAGGGGGUUUUGUUUCAGCGGCACACGCAGUCAUUCCCCGAGUGUUCUUUCUGUGUAAAUGCAAAUCUAGUCAAGUGUUUUUAAAUUGUUAGAAUAUUGACCAAUCCACGCAGAAUGAUAUGUUUGCAUUGGAUCUGGCAAUUUAAUGCGGGGGGGAUCGAUCAUCGUAUAGCUUCCGUUUGGCAUUUUAUGACUUGACUGUAUAAAUAUAUCAAUUAUUCAAUGUUGUGAAUGGAUGAUAUGUUCGCUUGCGGUUGGCAGUUUUUGGUGAAAAUUGAUUAUUACUUACUCUAAACUUCACAAGUAUGUAUGUACGCGUAUGGCGCAUGCCGGCGAUGGUUUGACGUAAUAAAGUUCCGUUGACCAAUCUCGGUAACUCGCAGUCGGUUGCGUGAAUGCGAGGGAAACACUCGCAAGCUUAGAUCCCCCGGCAAUCGGGAAAUGAAUUAAGAAUCUCGAUAAUUGCGUCGUAUGCUAAUGGGAUUGUAGAAUAAUGUGGCUUCCACAGUAGACAACAGUGGCAUUUUAUUUGCACUGCUGUUGCAUCUACUAGCGUCGACCGGCACAACACAUGUGUUCCCGUCGCAUGACGAUGAUGGAGAAGAAAGCGGCGAAUCGAUAUAUCCCGUAUACAAAUCGGGGGGUACAUUUUCUGUCAGUAAUCAUUGUAUUCUAACCGAACCGGACGCCACUGUUCCAAUCGGUGGUGCGCAUCUUGGCGUGUAAUGCCGGCUGUACGCAUCAUUCUGCUUUGUUCCCCGGCGGCCAUUGCAUUAUUCCCAGCUGGAGCGAAGGAAUGGAGGGAACAUUUUUGCCCGCGUAGAAUAUAUUCCUGGCCAUGUGCCCGCUGAAUUUUUCUCUGUACAAUUUUAUACACACCGGAAUAUAGUGCAUUGCACAGUGUAAUGGAUGAUGCUGCCGGCAUCGCGCCGUAACCAAUGUUGUGAGUGAUGAGCGAUGCGCUACUGACAGACGCAGGCUGGCAUUAAACCGUAGCACAGUGGCGCUGCUUAUCAUGAGCCAUUGGAUCGUGUAAUUAUCAGAUGGCGGCCAAAUGAAUGAACCCGGCUUCUAUAUUUAACCCGGCAUAUGGGCAUGCGCAUCUUCUUGGCGUAUACGUUCUCAUUCCAUCGCGGCCAAAUAGGAGAAUCUCAUGGUAUAUCGCAGUAAUGCUGCACGACGUAUGGAUUCAAUUGUGGAUGUUUGUCUAAAAACAUUAGUAAUCCAUAAACAUGCCGACUGUGUUGAUGACUUCUGUGUAGUUAACCGGAUCCGGUUACGUGUUCCGUUUCGGUUAACGUUGUGCGGUAAAGUCGAGCCGGCGUUAUAUAGGGCUUUGCAUAAUGAAUUUUUCUUCGUCCUCCGGUAAUAUGUUAUUUUGAUGAGUUAUGAUUGUCAAGAAUUGGGAUUAGGAUGACAGGAUUAUGUGGAUUGUGUAAAGUUGCGUGUUGGGAGUUCGGACAAUAAGGGCGUGCGUGUAUGCAUUGUGGAAAUAUCGAUCAGCAUAUAUUUGCAAGUUGCAACGGACAUC